AUGGCUUCUAAAGCCACAUCCAAUUCGGGUCGCCGCAAUAACCAAAGCUCUUUAAUACUACCUCUCUCCCACAAAAAUGGUACAUAUAUCGAGCUCAGCGAAUUAUCAGAGCCUGGCACGCCGAUUCCCGAUAAAGACCCGUGUAUUUCGCACGAAAAGUUUCAUUCAUGGCUGUACUUUCCAAAUACACUGUGGACGCGCACCUUUUUGAUAACAGUGAUUCUUGAGACUAUUGUCGCUGUCGCGAUUGAAACGUGGAUCUUUAUCAGCAUCUCCGAUCGCAUUCCACAGGAUGGCAAAAUUGACGCAUCAUCACCUCUCCAAUCAUUCCUCGGUCUCUACAUCUUUGCUCUCCUGUAUGAGCUAGUUCUAUCUUACGACGCAUUGCGACGCCAGAACACAUUUCAAUUGCUGGGCCUUUGCAUUUGCAAUCUCGGACUCCUGACAUAUGGCAUCCUUCAAGUAUCUGAAGUGAUGGAUACCGUUACAAGUCUCGCAAAUGAUGGCGCCUUGAGUUUUGAUAUACUAUCAUUAUAUCAAGUCGAACUCAUGCUGAUUCCAAUAAUAUUGGGUGCAGCUACAAUCAUCAUGACAUUUGUGACAUGGAAGCUAUUUGCGGAGUUUUCAUGGCAGAUUUAUAAGAAUAUCAGUGCCGAUUUGAAGAUGAAUCGGCGCUACCAUGUUUAUCAGAUCUUCAUCGCUCUACUCAAGUUUGACUUCUUCUUCAUCUUUGGUAGUCAAUUGCAAUUUCUCCUCGCAUUGGAGCAUAUGGGCGACGAAUUUAUUAUAAACGCAGCUCUAGUCCCUAUCGCAAUCGUGGGGCUGUGUUUAGCUGCGCACUUCUGUCAAAAGGAGAAAGCCAAAUCCAUGAUUAUCCCCGUGAUUUGCCUCUGCGGUAUCAUUGCCGGUAUAGCUGAAACUUUAAAGACGAUGUAUCGCUCCGAAGGCAAUGAUGACUUAAGCUCUUAUCGAGUGUCAUUAUUCUUCUUUGCUUCUAUAGCGAUUUUUUUGAUUGCAUGCACACUUGUCAACUUGCUUCUUUGUGUUUUCAGUUUUGACAAAGGGCUGAAGGAUCAUAUUGAUCAGUCUAGAGGGAAAAGGACAGCCGUGGAAUCAGAAAAUACGGAAGCGCAGGGAUCAAAGUUGCGAUUUGAAUUGAAUUAG